CUGCCAUCGUAAAGCUCGCCCAUACCAGUUCCGUGUACGCUCAUCUGAAUAAUACUGCAUUCAGACUAUCCACUACGUCCCCCGCCUGCAUUACGGCGCCUGACCGCGCGAAAAACAGAUUUUAUUUGUCGCGGCUUUGACGUGCUUCCCUGACAGCUGUGCUCACAAGUUGUCGAGUGUUUGCGGUUGCUUCGUGGACUGCAGUGCGCGCCCAUGCUGCAUCUACACGUACUGUUUGAGCACGUUGAGCAAACCCCGGCAAGAUGUGACACAGCCGAGCGUCUGCUUUAAGCAUGGAAGACAUAUUCUACAAACUUGUAAAGGAAGCUUCACAUCAGAAGCACCCUGCUUUGCGUCAAGCAUGCCAGGAAGCUCAAGAGGCCUUGGCAAACAAGCACGCUUUGUUAAGGAAUCCGCCAUAUGAAGUCAGGCAAAAAUGCUUUGACGCUUUGCAACUGGCGCUGGAAUCCAAAGAAAAGAAGCUUGUUUCCCUGUCCUUUAGUGGCUUACAGCAACUGCUUCGAGAGCAGCUCUUCAAUCCAAACCUGGAAUGUGAUGACGAACAGCUUUGGCUGCCGUCUCAACUGAUGAGAGCCAUCUCAUCUCUGGCCUCUCACACAGAGGAAGCACAAGUCGAAGGCUUGAAAGUCAUCCUACAGUGCUGCUGCCUUCAGAAUUGGUGCCUCUCGCAAAAUGCAGUCUUCUCGAUUGUCACACUGUGCCUGGACAUCUACAACCACGGCUCUGCUGGAACCAAGUCUGCCGCUGUGGCUUCGGCCAGCCAGAGCGUGCAGGGCUACGUCUCCUUCCUCUUUGAGUCUGCCGCAGAUGAUGCAGCAGACGAGGAGGAGAGGAAAAGUGUGGACGAAGGAUGCGAUCCCUAUAAUGAAGGCCAUAUUUCUCCAUUUGAUGAAGUCGUGCCUCUGUUCCUUUUCCUCUGUGAAAAGCUGAAAGAAGACAAACGGAAUGGUGCCAGCUCAACAGCUCCACUGCUACUGCACUGUAUUCAGACAGGUCUGAGCUCUCUGAGAGGACAAGCCAGGAAAAGUCAGCCUUUUCUAGACUUUGUUUGGCAGCAGCUGUGCCCAAGGCUAGUGGGUUGCCUUGGUUCACCACUGAAGGACAAGAAUGUAGUGUCGGCACAGCGCUUUGAAAAAGGUGAAAUGGGCAGGGGAUCAGGCUGCCUCAGUACCGCACCCUCAUACCACGCCGAAGAGGCAAGGCUUGUCUAUGGCAUUGCCCUGGAGUUGGUGACCAUCGUGGGUGAGGUUGGAACCUUGCGACCUGUUUUGGGAUCUUUGUUUCACAGGAUGUUGCUUUACCCUUUGCCCCAGCACUGUCUCGAGCCACUCAAGUUUGUCAAGCAGAUGCUGAAGAACCCAGAGCAGUUGCUGCAGUUUGCUGGACCUCCUUUGUGGGAAGACACCAAAAACCCACGGUUGAGCAGCCUAGACUUGCUGAAAAUCGUUGUUGAUGGGCUUGGAGAGUGCUGCCACAGCAAUGAACCCAGUGUCUGCUACAUCAGCGUUGAAUGUGUGGUGGCACUACUGUCGAGUUUGGAAACCCUGGUUUCGGGCUCCAAAAUUUCGGACCAGAUGGCAGAUCGUCUGAACUCCACCUUCCCGACAUUGCAGAGUUCAGAUUAUGUCGGUGCAUCAUUCUUGUACGAAAAGUCAGCUCGAGGUGGCAUUCGAAAUGGUUGGCAACAGACGCACAUCAAAAGUGGGGAAACUGAAACUGCACCUGUGGUUGAAGAAGCCCAAAUUUUGCACCAGACAAACAUUAGCCAAAGCUCUGAUGUCCACUUGGAAGAUAUCCAGGGUUCACCGAAGCACUCGCUCGUGGAAGAAGCUCUUGAAGCGUCAGAAGCAUUUGAUGUUGAGGCUCUUGAGCAGCUGCCCGUUGAGUGCGAAGGUAUCGAUGAAACGAAAGAAGAGCAUCUCGAUCCUGGGACUUGUCUACCAGAAAGAGAAGAGGGAGAUGCUAGGAAGCAUGUGGCAGUCACUCCGGAAGAGAGUAGUUUGGCAGAUGAGGAGCUUCAAAGUGGCAGCUUUAUAGAAUACAGCCAAGGUGAUGAAGUGUCAGAGUUUGCAGAUGAAAGCCUUUAUGACACUGACUUGGCUGAGAAGCCAUUGGAAGAAGAAACGGACAUCUCAGCUGAAGCAAGAACUUCUGCAAUGGAGAGAGCAGCAAAGACCUUGAUGAAAGAUGCAAACGAAAGCGAGCGAGACCGGCUGGAGAAGUUCUUCGAAUCUAACAACGAGUUUGCGGAGCGAGAGCGCAAUACAGCCAGGGACUUUGUCACUCACUUGGCCUCCUUUCUGCCGCGACUUCUGCACAUUCUCAGCUCCAUUGAGGCUGACCAGGAGCUGCAGCAGUUUGCCAGUGACUACGCAGAAGCCCUCUGGCAACAACAGCAGCAACAACACACUGGCGCUGAACUCGAGAGCGCGCCACAGCAUAUCACAAUUGUUAAUGCUGAUGGCAUCUACCUGGCAACCUACUCUGCCCUCCUGUUGGACCUAAAGCUCAUUCACAGUGGAUACCGCAAGAAGCUCACCGGGGAAGUGCCAUUGACAGAGGAAAAGUUUGUGGACGAGGUGCACGGAAGUGGCGUGCUGGUGUAUCUCUCAGCAACGUGGCUGUCAGAGCUGUAUCAGCAAGUGCUUGCUAGAAGCUUGCUGUGUGAAGCUGGAUAUGAACCUGAUUCUAAGACAAACCUUGCACUCAUCAACUUGCUCACAGAUGUAGAUGGCCUGGGAAGUGAUCAGUUAGGUUCGCGUCAACUCUCAGAUUAUCGAAGACUUGAGAGGGCUGCCACCAAUGUGGUGUUUACACCUCACAUGCUGGCUGGCAUGAAGUUUGCCCGCCACGUGCUGACUGCGUGCUGGGACACUAUGCUGGAAGUUCUGUCGGUGCUCCUUAAUGGCACCAACUCCUGUGGCAUUGCAAGCUCUUUGGGCCUCUUGUUGGGCACGGAUGGUGCCAAGGAAGACCAUCGAAAAGCCCGGGAAGCUGUGGCCAACUGCCUUGAUGGGCUGCAGUGUGCUGCCAAGCUCUGCAACGUCCUUGGCCUGCAGACGAAAUGUGGGGCCAUCUUUGCCCAGCUGGCUGCGGCAUCAUGUCCAGCUUUGGACACCAGUGGGGCUGUGGCAGGCCACUCACGUAGGCAGGCUUCCAAGAGGGACCGUCUCCGCAAGUCGAUGCUGUCUAGCCGCAGCAAGUCGGUGCGACUGCAUGCAUCGCAUGUUCUCAGUAUGGACGUCCUGCUCAGCCGGGGCCUUGAACUGGGAAGCCACAGUGCUGUGUGCUGGAAGCAUGUGUUCAGGUGCUGCAGCUACAUAUUGGAGCUGGAACAGAGCUGCUUCCAGGUUAAGCCUACCUCUUCAUCACCUUCGGGGUCUUCUCACCUGAAGCUGCAGCUCUCCUCCUUCUCGUGGGGUGAAAAGGUCCAACAGGCACUGAGCCCAAAGCCUCAGCCGUCCUCUGACUGUCUCCUGCUUCAGCCACCAUCUGAGCAGUUUGAGGAGGAAAUGGCAGUGGAGGCCCUGUCAAUGCCUGGUGUUGGUCAUGCGGGUAGCGCCAAUGUCGGGGACCUCGUGAAGAAUGCCACCCAAGCCACUGGCUCCUCCAUCCUCAUGGGCAAGCAGCUACAACCAUUAAUAGAAGCACUCUCGCAGCUGGUCGACAGGCUUUUUGAUGAGGCAGCUGGCAAGCUAAACCUGUGUGCUUUGGUCGACUUCCUUUCGGAGCUCUGUGCUGCCAGCCGGAACCAGCUGUUCAACCGUGGCACCCCGCUCACCGCUCGACACCCCGUACUGCUGCUGAACAGGCUGAGCGAGGUUAUGCUUCGAUGUUCCCGUGGCGGUCGACCACUAGUGCACAUCAUGAAGGCUUGGAGUGUCGUGGCUCCUCACUUUGUUGAAGUGGCUUGUCACAAGGACCAUGUGAUUGCCAAGAGGGCAGUGGCUUCAAUCCACGACAUUGUGGGCGCCCUGUUGUCGACACACAUUGAUCUCCCUCACUUCCACUUCAAUGAGGCGUUGUUCAAGCCCUUUGAGAACAUCCUCUGCCUGGAGCUUUGUGACGUUGACAUUCAGGAACAGAUUGUGAGUUGCAUCUGUGAGUUUGUCGAAGGAUCAACUGCAGAGAUUCGCUCUGGUUGGCGGCCACUGUUUGGUGCCCUGCGUGCUGUGCGUAUGCCAUGUGCUGUAGCAGGACCCCACAGUCAACAUGGCAGCUCCACCUGUAGCACCAUAUCGGAAAGAGAACAGCUGGAAAGAACUCAUCACCUGCGAGUAGUUCUUGACGUGUUUGAUGCCUUCCUUGGCACGGACAAUCCAAGUGUCUUUGCCAAUGCUGCUGUGGACUGCCUCCUCUGUCUUCUGAAGCAUGUCCGAGGACCAGCUGAGUUGCAAGACCAGGCUGACCCUGAAGCAUGCCUUGCUCAAGACGUGGAGGUGAUCCCACUCAACCUGUGCCAAGCUGCCCUGCGCUACCUGGAGAGGUGUGCCCAGAUGCUCUCCUCCAUGUACCUGAUGCCAGCAUGUCCUGUCUUCCAUUCGGCUCGCAGGAUCAAAUUCAACUCUGAGCCCAACUGUGUAGACCCAGUCUUGCCCAACAUGGAGCUCAUUCUGUUCAAGGAGCCGGAUUCCGUGUCUCAGCACUCUGAUAACGAAAAUGCAAAUGAGGAGGAGGCCAGCAAGGUGUGGUACAUUCAGAAUGAAAUAGCUGAAGAACCAGUACCGGCCUCUGUUGACCAGACUGUGAGCCUGGCAGAGCUUGAUCGGCCAACAGGAGUGCUGCACGUCUGGUUUCUGCUGCUGGAGGGUCUGGCUGGGGCAGUGGCCACAUGUCCUCGCCGCUACCAACCGCACACAAUUGAUACGCUCUUUCAGAUGCUCCGAGGACUUCGAGAGGUUCCUGGGCCAGAAUUUGGUGUGUAUGCCGUGAAUCACUUGCUGCUUCCAAUGCUUCAAGGAUGGUUGCGUCGAGCUUCAAAGACAUACCGGGGUUGGGAUGGCUUUGCCAACAACUUCAAACAGUGCUGUGGCCUGGCUACAGAGCUGGUGGUGGAAUACCUGGGGGAGCUGUCAGCAUCUGGUGCUCUUACCCAAGUCCGAGGUCUCAUGCUUAUGGUUCAUCAGCUGUUCCUGGUAUUAGCUGAGUGCAUCGCUCAACCAGUGGAGGUUGUGUCAAGACUCGGAUGUGCCUGCAUCCGGCAUCUGUUGGUGAGCGGCGGCCCUUCGUUGUCUCCCGACCUCUGGCGCGUGGCGGCAUCCAGCGUGUGGCGGGCAACGCGGGCCACUCUGCUCUCGGCCCAGCAGCUGAUGGUGUGUUUCCACGCCGGUUCGGAGAACUUCUACGGCGACGUGGGGCAGGCCAAGGUGGCCGUCCGCAGAGACUGCACCCGCCAGGAGGCCGACCGCCUCAGGCAGCUCUGCCGACAGGUGUUCCUUCUGGACGCCCAGCGCGCCACCAUGAACGCUCCUUCGUGCCGGGCAGAGUCGGCGCCCACAGCGGUCGACCAGGAGUGCUCCUUCAUAUUCCUUCUACACCCGCCUGACAAGGACCGCGUGCCGGCGACGGCAGCACACCCCGGCAGCUACGUCGUCCGGGUUCCGUUCCAGCAGCUGGUGGUGGGGCUUCUGUCUCACCAGAUUCUGCUGCAGACGCUGGCCACGCUGCUGCUCGAAAGCACGCGAUUCCGGCUACCCGCGCUCGCCAGCGUGCUCGCUUGCCCAGCCUCUCCUGCCCGCAGCAAGGAACAGCCCGGGCAGUACCGCCUUGCCGGUCAGCUGGAAGUCAUACCAUUGGAACAGCUUCGCAGCCUCCUGUCCGUGCUCGAGGAAUCUUACAGUACGGCCACCGACUUCGACGAGAGGCCGGGCCUCAAGUUCCUGGUGCAGAAAGUCGCUCGCUGCGAAGUGGCCGCCAACCUAUUCAAGCAGGCGGCCAUCAGCUGGGCCAUCCAGGCCGUGGUCCUGCUCGAGCUGUGCUUGGGCCGACCCGACGCUCAGCCGCUCACGAUGGACGCGGUGAAUCGGCUCGUGGCGUCCGGGGGGUCACCCGAAAGCGCCGGCGACGGAGAACGUGAUGGAGAAGAAGGCUCCGACGACGACGGCCGAGGCGAUGUCAGUGAAGACGAGGACAGCGAAGGUGACGAAGAGCGUGAGCGAAGAGUGUGCGCGAGAGGUCCUCGGCAAGUUGAAGACGAAGUCGAAGACUCGAAAGUAGAGGGCAAAAAAGCCGAAGAGAAGAACAACGUUGUCGGGAACGAAGAAGAAGCGCCGAAAUGUGAGAAAGCCACGAAGGAUGGCGGUGCUGUUUGUGCUGUUGAGGAGGAGAGCGAGGGAAAAGCAGACCAGGACGAGACAGUCCCGGACGAACCUGUCCGGGACGCAGCUGCAGGCGAAGGUGUAAUUCAAGGUGAGAGCGCCAAGGAUGACUUAGACCAGAUUGUCGACAGCCACGGCGAAAGAGGCGGGAGCAUCGAGCACGGAAAGAAAGAAGAGAGCGUGGCGAACUUGAGAAAGUGCGGGGCACGAUCUCAUCCGGCCAGAAAAGGUGGCGGCGUGUCGUCGUCAUCGUCCGAAGUAGGAGCACUCGAAGACAGGGAAAACAGAGGGAAAGCACCGAUCGACUCCUUCGAUGAGGAUAAGUGCCAGUGGAGAAAGAGGAGGCGACGACGGUUGCGCAGAGAGAAGCGCAUUUCCGAGUCCCUGAGCAUCAGGAGAGCAAGGAAGAGUAUUAAUGAAGCUAGCGGCGAGGAGUGGAAUCCGUACCGGCGGCUGCGGUCCCUUUUUGCCGAGCUUUGCGCGCAUUAUGCGCGGGUAGCUUCUCCCGAGGCCAAGGAAGGCGCCAUCUUGGACCGCGUGAGUGACCAGCCCAUCUUCUUCCUCAUGGCGCAACCGGAUACCCUCCCGGAAAUCUUGCCGGACAGACGAAUGUCGCGGGCAGAGAGUGCUGGCUCUGCUGCGGGGUCUGAGCCAGCAUCUCACCACCCGAUUCCACUACUGGCGACUGACUCGUCGACAGACUCUUCCGAGCCCGAGAUGGCGGCAGCGUCCGAGUCGGCGCUGCAGCCUGACCGCGUCUACUCGAUUGUCACCGAGCGCGCUAUCCAGUCCAUGGUGUCCGAGUACAAGCGGCGCAAAACUAGGCACUCGAUGCCGGCCCCCGUGCCCACGGCACCGCCAUCAACAGCAGCGGGAACUCUCCGCCACCAGAGGUCGUCAGUAAGCAGCGUCAUUAGCAAGAGGUCCUCCCUGUCCAAGGGCGCGUCGAUGGGCUCCGAAGAAGGCGCAGCGCUAGCCGACAGCGGCGGCACUUCGCCUCCCCCACUGCCUACAGAGGUGGAAAACCAGCGCAGAAGCUCCAUACUCAAGGACACAGAAGCCCACAUACAAGUCUGGUCCCAACUUGCUCAGUCUGUUCUUGAACUUCACCUUUCUCUUUGUGAGGCUGAGUUCUUGGCCCUAGUUCCUGUAUUCUAUGCAGGUGUUGAAGUGCUAAUCAAUUGUGGGCCUGCAGAGCCUGAGUUGAGGGCACUGACUGCUGACUGGCUGCAUCGCGUGGCUCUCAGCUUAGGCUUCAGUGGCAGCCUGGCAUCUUCCAGCAGCUUGCAGCGACGCAUCUAAAUCGUUGGAAACGAGCUUUGUAUGUUGGUGUUCUCUAUGAAUUGACCUAAAUGUCAAGCCCAGCUUUAUUGUUGCUGAAUUUUAUCCGCUGGCACUACAACUUCUGAAUAAGCUUCUAGUGAUCAUUCAUUUUUUUUUAAUUUCUGCCAACAUUGCUGCCUAUAGCUCACCUUGUGGGACCAUUUUGGCCUGCUUGUUCCUAAUUAGUUCUGCAGUAUUGUAACAAGACACCAGUAUGAAGCAUUGCUAUCUUUUUAUUUGGUUUAAGGUGACAGAUGCUUGCACAAUAUUACGCCUGAGCUCACUUUGGCCUCAAUAUGCUUGUCCUGCAGUUGAUCCUAGAAGCAGCUUGACUUAGUUCACUUUACAACACACAUAUACAAAUUAAGUUCCACUGUAUUUUAGAGGAAGAUCACAGGAGCUCCAUUCACACAACACAUUUUGGUUGUGCAGUAAACAGCGCUUUUAUCACGAGGCAUGCAUGGCAAUGUUUUUGAAGCUGGAGCAAACUGUAUCUGGUUUGACCAUAUAUUUGUUUGUACUGCAUGUAACAAGAUUACAUAAAGAAUGUUGAUCAUCCCAUGUUUGAUGGCAUCACAGAGAACAACAAUAGGCACAUGUAUACAGAAUAUGAGUGUUGCAGCCCAGAAGACUGUUCAUAUACAUGAGCUGGCUCUGUUGUUCUAUGUCUACUAGCUUUCAGUCACCUUUUCCUGUGAUUCUUAUUUUUAUUUACUUUUUUGUUUGGUUUCCUGUCAGUGCUAGAAUAGUCUGCCUUAUCAGGUUGAAUGUUCACUUAUCCUCUCUUUCUCCUCUGACUUUGCUUUGUAGCACUAUUUGUUGCAGUACUCACCCCCAAGAAACUAGUUUCUUUACCUUAAAAGACUUUCAUGUAACUCUUCAACAUCUGCUGACCCAAGAGAUACCUUUAUACAAAAGUCAAGUGCCGUUCAGACUGCACCAGAGCUGGGCAUAUCGUUUCAUCUGCUUACACUGUGCCUAGUUAGGGUGCAUAAUUAUUUGACGUUAAAAGUGUCACCAGAACCCAGUCGAGAGUUUGAGAUAGUGUGCUCUCACAUCAGUUAAUGCAGUACCAUGCGUAAACAAGCAUAUUCAGAGUUCUCUGUAGAAUCUGUGCAUUUAAUUCUACUUUAAAUGACAUGUCUGUGUAAAAAAUAUUGAAUGGGUUAAAUAGUAUACCUUUUAGCCUAUCUAAAUUCAAAAGAAAGGUGAUAACUGAAACUGUGCUGGCAUAAAUUUCAUCAUUGGCAUACGGCAAACCUCUCAGCAUUUCCAUUUACCUUCUGGAAAGCAAUUCAUUAGGGGUCAUUUAAUGCAAUGGCGAUGAGACUAUCCUUAACUGUAUGUACAAAUUCAGUACGAAUUGCAAACCAUUUCUGACAACAAGUUCAUAUCCUAGUGCCUCGCAAUCGUUUGACUUCCUUUGAUUUUGCAUCACACAUAUCUUAAUAAAGGUGCACUGUUGCAGUGUGUUUGUGAAAAUUUUUGCAAUGUGCUGUGAUGUAUAUUUCUAUGGAGACAGAACAUUAGUAAUUAAUCAAGUCGUGCUUUGUUUUGUAACAUUGAAAUCUUUGUUUUGCAUUUUCUUUCUUUGUGAGUUGUGAAUGAAAGUAUCUUUUCUAUUGACUCAUUAAGAUUCAAGUUCAGGAGAAACGGACAUAAUUUAUUAGCCCAUGUGGAAGUUGUUCUUAAAAUAAAAGGGGAAUACCUGUAAGUGACUUCAAGCUUUGUUCACUGUUGCCAGUUUUGCAAUCAGUAAUGGCUCUGCCGUGAUGCUUAUGAUGUUUGUGCAGUGGUAAACUUCACUCAUAGUGACCACUUGGGGUUUCAGACUUCUUGUGGCCCUCUUGAAGUCCAAAGAAAUCUCUCAUGCAGACCUCGAUAAAAGUUCUUGAGAUCUGUGAAGUAGCAUUCAAAGCAAUUGCACCUAAGUAAAAGUUUAUCUGCUUGUUCUUUUGUGCUAGCCUUAGCUGUAAUUGAAAGUCAUGGACAGCAGUGGCACACUGACGGGGGGGGGGGGGGGGUUCGGGGGUUGUAACCCCCCCCUGAGGCCGGCUUAACCCCCCCUUUUAACCCCAUUUCUUUCCUUGCGCAUUUGAGUACUACAACUAAGAUGUAAGACGUGCAAUCGUCUGCACACUCGCAAAAAGCGCAUUUUUUGACAAUUUUCCGUGAAGAAAUUGAAAUUAGUGCUGUUUAGAUGGUAUUGGCAAACUGUCAACACCCCCCCUGGCAGAGAUCCUGGGUGCACUACUGAUGGACAGUGCUUUUGAGCAGUCCAACAUUCUUUCAAUUCCUGGGUAAACUUUACACUUUUUGUGACCAUGUGCUAAUUUUCAUGGCAGGCAUUUCACAUGUAUGAGCUAUUAAGGUGCAUUUCUUUUGCAAACUGUUUGUUGGAUGUUGAAUUUGUGUGUGUAUGUCUUAGUAUCCUUUUUUUUUUCAUUUUUGCGUGGAGAACAGUCUAGGUUUGUGGUCAGUGGUUAGGUGCCAAAGGUUUUUAUGUUCACGCAGAUGCUAAGCACAGUUUGAGGGACAAGGGUAGUUAUACGCAUUUAUACAUAUAUAUAUAUAUAUUUAUAUUGUGUAUGCCCACGCAACUUGUCCACAUCGCUAAGAACAUUCAGGGUCAAUGUGGAAUCUCGAGCUGUUGUGUUUCAUGUGAUUAAACAUCAAACGAAAUCAAU